AUGGCUAAGCACGUUAGAGCACUCUCGGCGACGAUUACCAACAAUAUUCAAUCCUCUGGCAAUACAAUCGCAGAAGCCGGUCAAGAAGCUAUCACUAGAUCCACAAACGCUGUUCAACGCAUCUUGCACUAUGAUCAACUCCCCGAAUGGAUGAAAAUCGACACGUACAUCAGACGCGGUUAUCGACCUCAACAAGAUAGCUUCCGUGACUGCUUCUGGUCGUUGUUCUACCUCCACAAUGAGAGUGUCAACAUCUGGUCCCAUCUGUUACCUGCCUGCUUUUACCUGGUGUCCCUGCUCGGGCUAGACUUUUGGACGUUCCAUAGCGGGAUCAAGGUGCCAACUGCAGACAGUGCUAUCUUCCAGAUGUACAUUGCAUGUAUAGUGGGCUGUCUACUUCUCUCGGCAACCUACCAUUGCACCAAUUCGCACUCAGAACAGAUCUCACGUAAAACCCUCAAACUCGAUUAUUUCGGCAUUCUAUUGAGUAUUAUCGGAACCAACGUAUCGGCAACUUACUUCGGCUUAUACGGCAACUUUCUUCUACAAGGGUCUUACAUCAUCUUCAUCCUUAUCUGUUCCGCCUUCGUGUUUAAUGCUUUACUACGCGAUGACAUCGACGGACCAGGGGCUGCUAUACGAAGAACUAAAAUGUUCGUCGCGUUGGCCAGUACUGGUCUCAUACCCCCUGCAUACAUUUGGAUACAGGGCAUGGAUCAGGGUUUGCAAGGGUAUGCGUGUAUGCAUGAUGUGAUCACGAUUCUGUUAUAUUUUCUAGCGCUCUUCUUCUACUUGACGCACAUACCGGAGAGAUGGUGGUCACACACUUUUGACAUUUGUGGGGCAAGCCACCAGAUCUUUCACAUUCUCAUCGGUGCCAGCCAGCUUGUGUUUCUGUUCGGAUUGCAGGAGGUGAUGCAAAGGCACUGUUUGCGUGUAGGGGGGCCGGUUGCCCCGCAGGUAUCAGACGAAACGAGUCUUUCAUUGUGGAUCGAGCCGAGUGUAGCAUUGCGGAUAGGGAGUCUGCCUCCAUAUUCCAAAGAAAACAACAACAACAAAAACCUUUAUACGCAAAAGACGGCCUCCAUAAAGUACUUGAAGGCCGGGGACUGA